AAUUAUAUAAAAGCAAGUGUUCAUUAGAUUAGAUAUUUUUGAAUAUAAACGAGUUUUGUAUUUUACGAUAAUUUUUUACUUAGUUGAAAACAAAAUAAUAUUUACUAAAAUAAUUGUGUUUAAUUUUAACAUGGCUAAAAAUAUAAAAAAUCACCAAAUCUGUAUUGUGGUAAUUACGCUAUUAGUCAUGCCCACUAGCUGGGCCCAAAGGCCUUCAUUUGCUGGCAGUCGUCCUACAAAUGGUUUAAAUCAAAAAGAUAAAUAUCAUUCAACCACUCCCUCGAAUACAGAUAUACAAAACCGUUUUGGUAGUGCAGAUGUUCCCACCAUUUCAAAUCAAAUACCAUUUGGACAACCACAGAAACCUCCAGUAGGUUAUCCCGUAGUGUUACCGGAAUCUGUAUACACAGCCUUGACACAACAUAGACCAUCAUCUAACAACAAUGUGGGUACUUCUGUGGUAUUUGAGGAUCGUUUCGGAGAAGAAAACAUCAAUACCAACAUCAACACUAAUACCAAUACCAUAUCAUCAUCCUCAUCUUCGUCGUCAUCAAAUUCUUCACCGUCUACAACUCAACGAGUGCCUUUAGAUGCCCAUGGUGAUCAAUUGUUGAUCGACCAAUUAAAUCGGAUUCCCAUAGAUAAGAGACCAUUUUGGUUUAUUAACUAUCAAGCAAUAGAGGCACAACGCAAUGGUUCUGGCAACAAUUUCGCUGGAGCUCAGAGUUCCAGAGGUUCCUUUUUUGGCUAAAUGAGAACCUUCAAACACCAAUCGCCAUAGUCAUAAGUCUACUUUAAGUAUAUAUUGUAAAAUAAACUCAACUGAAUUUAUAUAUUUUUAAUAUAAAUAUUGAAAAAAAAAAACAUCGCACUCUACUGAGAAUCUAUUAAUUGGGUUUACUUAUUAUAAAGACAAAAAUUACCAGUAUAAAAAAAUACCCUAACCUUUGAUUAAUUUCUUAUCGCUUCUUCAAUCCCUCUUACAAAUUCAUUUUGCUGUAUAAACUGGAAAUUAAAAAGUAAUAGUGUUAUAUUCGGCUGUGCCGAAUUUUAUAGAUUGAUUAAUACCUUAAUACCUUAAAAUCUUAAAUUACUUUUGUCGAAAUUUAUGUUAAUAUCAUUAUACAUACAUACUAGCUGAUCCGGCAAACGUUGUUCUGCCAUACAAAUUAUUUCUAGUGAAUAUUUUGGUUGUUAAAUAAAAAAUAACGAAUGUAGUCUACACUGAGGGAAAAAUGACGUUGCAAAAUCGACAACUGUUGAUUUCAUUUUGACACCAUACGGUGUCACUUUUUUUGACACCGUACGUUUACAAUUUGUAAACAAACGGGUACGAAUCGACAACGCAAUGUUGUUAAAUUAUUCGCCGACGCAUCUCAACAUGAGUUGCCGACAAGUUAUUGUCAAAGUGUUGCGGCGAAACUCUUUGCUCUCCUUUGUUUUUAUAAGUGAGUUUUAAUUUUAUUUACAUUAAACAAAUGAAAAUAUUUAAAAACGAAAAUAUAAAAGAAAGUAUAAUUUUGUUUAAUAGUGAAUUUGUGUUGAUGCAGAUAAAGAUCCAGGCAGUGUAAGAAAUGAGAAGAUCACCGAAUCCUGUGACGACAUACAACUCCAAAAAUUCCUGGAAACAAUAAACAUUCCUUCAGAUUUUGUACAUAUAAAAGGAAAGUAGAGCUAUGUAUAUACAGUAGCCCAAGAGAGUCUACAUACAGGAAAAAUUAUUAUGAUACUUUAAUUUAAAGCAGUUUUUUAGUUUUUUUAUGAGAUAUAUAAUAAUAAAUUUCUUAUGUCGAUUUUAGCAAAAAAAAUUUAAAUAACGCCCAAAAGUUCACCGUUAUUAGAGUUAUUGAUUCUGAGUAAAAUAACGAAAAAUUUAUUCUCGGUCACGCCUACUUUUGGGUGGGCGGGACUAUUAAGUUUCAUAAUAUUUUGAACAUUAAAGCCAAAAAAACCAAAAAAAAAUUUCGUUAUUUGACUCAGAAUCAAAAAAUUUAAUAACGGUGAAAUUUUGGAAGUGAUAGGAAAUGUUGCUAAACCCGACUUAAGUGAUGUUGUUUUAAUUUUUUUUAGUGUGAAUUUAUUUUUUAACAAAUAUAUUUCACUACUUUUAACUUACAAAUACAGCUUACAAUUACACAGAAAAAAAUAGUAACAGUUAUUAAGUAAUUGAAAAAAAAUUGUUUGAAAUAUGAUUUAAAUAUUCAAUAAUUUUUUAAUUCAAUAUGUUUUUUUUAAUACUCAUAUCAACAAUUUCUUAUAGAUAUUUAUAAACAAUUUUAGUUGUUUAAAUUCAAUAGGAAUAUUAUAUUGAAAGUAACAAAAAUAAAUAUGUCAAGGAAAUAAAAAUUAAAGAAAAAUAUGUAUACACAUUUUUAUGUUUCAUAAGAAA